AUGGCGCAACUCGACACCCUCGAUUUGGCGGUUCUGGUGGUUCUCCUGGUUGGCAGUGUUGCCUACUUUACCAAGGGAACUUACUGGGCUGUCCCCAAGGACCCCUACGCCUCUUCCGGAGCUGCCCUCAAUGGCGGCGCUAAGAGCGGCAAGACCCGCGACAUCAUUGAGAAGAUGGAUGAGACUGGCAAGAACUGUGUGAUCUUUUAUGGUUCGCAGACUGGUACCGCUGAAGAUUACGCUUCCCGUCUGGCCAAGGAGGGCUCCCAGCGCUUUGGUCUUAAGACCAUGGUGGCCGACAUUGAGGAUUACGACUACGAGAACUUGGACAAAUUCCCCGACGACAAGGUGGCUUUCUUCGUGCUGGCCACUUAUGGUGAAGGAGAACCAACGGACAAUGCGGUGGAAUUCUACCAAUUCCUCACCGGUGACGACGUCGCCUUUGAGAGCGGUGCUUCGGCGGAUGACUCGCCUCUGUCGUCUCUCAAGUACGUCGCAUUUGGUCUGGGUAACAACACUUACGAACACUACAACUCCAUGGUCCGUCAUGUUGACACUGCUUUGACUAAACUUGGUGCGCAACGCAUUGGAUCUGCCGGUGAAGGUGACGAUGGUGCUGGAACUAUGGAGGAGGACUUCCUCGCCUGGAAGGAGCCCAUGUGGGCUGCUCUGUCCGAAUCCCUGGGUCUUCAAGAGCGUGAAUCUGUCUACGAACCCGUCUUCUCCGUCUCCGAGGAUGAGGAGAAGACUCCCGAGGAUGAAUCUGUCUACCUGGGAGAACCCACCACCGCCCACCGUGAGGGUCGCGCCAAGGGCCCGUACUCUGCUCACAACCCGUUCAUCGCUCCGAUUGCCGAAUCUCGUGAACUUUUCACCGUCAAGGACCGUAACUGUCUGCACAUGGAAAUUAGCAUCGCCGGUAGCAAUCUGAGCUACCAGACCGGUGAUCACAUUGCUAUUUGGCCGACCAACGCCGGUGCCGAGGUCGAUCGAUUCCUCCAAGUUUUUGGUCUGGAGGAAAAGCGCCACUCGGUUAUCAACGUCAAGGGUAUUGAUGUCACUGCCAAGGUUCCCAUUCCCACCCCGACUACCUACGAUGCUGCGGUCCGUUACUACGUGGAAGUUUGCGCCCCUGUCUCCCGUCAGUUUGUCUCUUCGCUCGCUGCGUUUGCCCCCGAUGAGGCAAGCAAGGCCGAGAUUGUUCGCCUUGGUAACGACAAGGAUUACUUCCACGAGAAAAUCAGUGACCAGUGCUUCAAUAUCGCCCAGGCUCUUCAGAGCAUCACUUCUCAGACUUUCUCUGCCGUCCCAUUCUCUCUGCUCAUUGAGGGUCUCAACAAGCUCCAACCCCGUUACUACUCUAUCUCUUCCUCUUCACUGGUUCAAAAGGACAAGAUCAGUGUCACCGCUGUGGUCGAGUCUGUUCGUCUUCCUGGUGCCGCGCACAUGGUGAAGGGUGUGACUACCAACUACCUCUUGGCUCUCAAGCAGAAACAGAACGGUGACCCAUCUCCCGACCCUCACGGUCUGACUUACUCGAUCACUGGUCCUCGCAACAAGUACGACGGUAUUCACGUCCCGGUUCACGUGCGCCACUCCAACUUCAAGCUUCCUUCCGACCCGUCCAAGCCCAUUAUCAUGGUGGGUCCCGGUACCGGUGUUGCUCCUUUCCGUGGUUUCAUCCAGGAACGUGCUGCUCUGGCCGCCAAGGGCGAGAAGGUUGGCACCACUGUUUUGUUCUUCGGAUGCCGUAAGCAGGAUGAGGAUUUCAUCUACCGCGAUGAAUGGAAGACCUACCAGGACCAGCUUGGUGAUUCUCUGAAGAUCAUCACUGCCUUCUCCCGCGAGGGUUCCGAAAAGGUUUACGUCCAGCACCGUCUCAAGGAGAACGCUCCGCUUGUCAGCGAGCUUCUCAAGCAAAAGGCCAACUUCUACGUUUGCGGUGAUGCUGCCAACAUGGCCCGGGAGGUCAACUUGGUUCUUGGCCACAUUAUCGCCGAGCAGCGUGGCAUGCCCGCUGAAAAGGGCGAGGAGAUGGUCAAGCACAUGCGCAGUAGCGGCAGCUACCAGGAGGAUGUGUGGUCAUGA